AAGAGUUUGUAAAAAAUUUCUACACGUGCUGCAAAAAAAAUUGUGUAAUAAUUGUUGUCUGUAAGAAAUAAAAAUAUCUGAUUAUGAGGAAUAAUUAGUUUGCAUUUAACAUGGCGUUUGUAGAAAAAAAAAAAAAUAUUCGCAAGAUAACCUCCAGUUGUACGCAAGCUUUCACAUAAAAUGUGACUCACCAAAUCUAUACAAACACAUUAUCUCAAAAAAGGGACUUGUGUUGUUUAUCGCUUGGAACUUUAGCCUCGAUCGAAGUAAUGACGAUAAAAUAUAAAAGACCGGAAAUCUACUAACAUAUUAAUGAUACUCGAUGAGUAUUUAAACUUUACACAAUUACAGAUAAGAAAUUUACUAUAAAAGAGCUUUGACGUUCUUCAACAGUAGCAGUAUUGAAAAUUUAUUGCUGAUGUGCACAUCUUUGUAAAGUAUAUUUAUAUCAUAAAGAAGCUAACGGUAAUUUCAAUUGAUAAUUCUCAACAGUGCUAUUUUACUUUGAAAGGUAUUUACUAAAGCGUGCAUCAAAGAAAUUCAAGCAAUACGAUGACAAAUUUCUGUGUCGACAAGUCUUCAGAUCAACCUGCAGUCAAAGUGAGGUCUUAUCGUACUUAAUAGUAUGCCAGCCUAAAGCUUAGGUAAACUUGACAGCAGAUUAACGAUAAUUUUGCCGAGCAAACCUGUCCAGGUAGUCAGGAUAGCUCAACAGAAGUUUGCUUCCAUUUCACUACCUAAUAUCGGUAGUAGAUUUCAGUCAUAUUAAAUUCCUAGUUUGGCAAAAAAAUUUCCUCUCAUUCAACGGCGAGAGUACGUUAAAAUUUGUCGUUCAGUUUUUUAACAACAAUCUGAGAGCAACAUACAGAGCAAAUUGACAGAAAGUUGAGCUCACUUCUUGCCGUCGAAUUCAGAUAACAGAUUUUAGUCAAGUUGAUUUAUGAAGAUGACGACAGUUUGCGGCUGAAGUACCCUAAUAGCCACUUUAGCUUGAAAUUAACAGUAAUUUGAUGUUGAAAUUGCCUGAAAUAUGCUGCCGGAAUUUGCCGAGAAUUUCACAGCAAAAGUUAAAAAUAAAAAUUUGCGGUUAAUUUUACUUCAAUUUAAAGGUGACUUUUUUACGAAAAAAAAAGUCGGUAGUGUUCAUUUUUACUAUUGCAGAAGGUAAGCAAAUUUACCCAAAAUUGACGACAAUUUUUUUCAAGUCAACUAUUGAAGUGAAUUUGCAUUCGGAUUCGGGCAGUAAAUUCACGUCAAAUUGAAUAGCAAGUUGAAUACAAAUUGUCGUAAAAAACGGAAAAGUCCUAAGUUGACAGAAAUUUGACGAAAAUUUCAAGGAAACUUUUGUAAAGUAAACUUUUGCUGAAGCACACUGUGUUAUUAGGGUAGCUACCUGAGUUGGCUACCUUGGAAAUUCCAUCAGAACUAAGCAUAAGUUUUGGCGAUCGGUGAGACAUCUUAAGGAUUAAAUAGGCAAUAACUUUACUGGCUACAGUGACUUCAAGUCAACAAACUCUUGUAACUCCAAGUUAUAAAUUGAUUAAAUCAUUUCCGGUUAUGAGAACCACCAUUUUGGCGUCACGACUUUUGCGUCUUCAGUUUUUGAUCAAAACUCUUGGCCAUUAUUUUAAAAUCGCAAGUUGCUAAUCAUUAUUUAAAACAUGUAUAAUCUUAUACGUGAAUCUGAAUUCAAAUUUCGUAUCACUACGAAAAAUGACUGGCAAAAAAUGAAAAAAAGAAAAUUGAAAGACAGAAGUUCUGAUGAUUCAAUUCAUGGUUAUUUAGAAUGCUCGAGUGAUGAUUCACUACUGCUAAAUGAAAUAAAAAAUAAUCUAACUGCAAAUAUUCCUAAAGUAAACUUGGAGCGAAUUUCUAAUAAUCAUUCAACACAACCUGAAACUAAAAAAAUAAAGAUCAUGGAAAGUAAACAAAUAUUGGAGAAAAUAAAUGUAUUAAGCCUGUGCAAAUUAUCAAAGGAAGUCAUUGCAACAGACUCUUUGACAAGUGAGAAAGAUAAUGUAAUAUCCAGUACUCCAAACACUUCUACUUUUCAUGAAUCGGAUUCGGAGUCAUUGAAUACUACUUCUAAAAUGACCAAAAAUAUGUCUCUAAUUUCUCCAAUAAAUCCUCCAAAUACAACGUCAUUUAUAAAAAUAUUUAAUGAUAACGCUGAAAAAACUCAAAAUGGUUCUAAUUUACUUGAUGGUAACAAGUUUGCUACAGAAAAUAAUGAUAUUUUUGAUGAAAAUCAAAAUUGUCUAGAAAAAAUGUCCAAUUCGAAAGAUCCGUUCAUGAUUAAUUGUGAGAAUUCGACUUACAAUUUUUCAGCUAAAGUCAACCAGACAAACUUUUUAGAUAUCGUAGAAAGUUCUGAAUGGGAUCGAGAGACUUGUCAAAGGAUGUUUCAAGAGUCAGAAAUUUUAGAUUUAUCUGAUGAACAAAUGCGUUGUUUGAAAGUUAUUGAAGAAGAAUUUGAUUCAAGCAGGUUAGAAAGUGGGCCACAAGUACAAUUUGAACAAAACGAGUUAGAUGAGAGACAUGAAUUAAAUGAAGUAAAUGAAUUAGAAGAAGACGAUCAAUCAAAUGAGAAUGAGUAUCAGAUAUGCGAGUAUCAGAUUUGUGAGUAUGAAUUUGAGAAUGAAUCAAAUAAUUCACACAACACUGCCACUACAUCUGAGCAGUUGGACUCGGACUCAGAUAAAUUACAGGAUAGAAUACAUGAAUUGAAAGCAAAAAAACAGGAGAUACUAAAAGAAAUCCAUGAGAAAUGCAACGAUUCAGAUCCAGAUUACAUCCCUGAAGAAGAAAAUAAUUUCUCUGCCAGUGAAAGUUUUAACGUAGUUUUAACAGAUAACCGAGAAGAAAAAGAAACUGCACUAGUGCAAAAUGCUACAAUAGUUAUCGAGGAAAAUAUUAUUGCCAAAGGUUUUGAUGUUUCCUUACCGUUGCCGCAAGCUACAACUUCUGAAGUGACUAGACCAAAAGUUUAUGUCAGUGCCUCAAAAUCUGGCCCUAAGAAACACGCUUGUCUUUUUUGCGGAAAGUUAUUCUUCAAAAUUGCUCGACAUCUCGAAGUUCAUAAGGAUGAAGAAGAAGUUAAAAAAUUUCUCCUUUUAAAACCAAAUGAUCAAGUAAGACUCGAUUUGAUUAGAAAACUUCGACACGCUGGUGAUUAUAAGCAUAAUACUAAUAUUAAUCCUGCUGCUAAAAAUCAUGAACGAAUUGUGAUUCGACGUCCGAAAGUUGGAGUUACGAAAAAUCCUUCUGAUUUUGCUUACUGUCCAAGUUGUCAAGUAUCUGUUAGUAAAAGUACACUUUCUACACAUUUUGUUCAUUGUACUGGACAAACUGGAAAAUCUCGGCGAGUUAUUAAAAAAAUGUCUAAGAUUUAUGAAAAUGACUUCCAUCCUGAAACAAGUAAGAAACUUCGCUCUCUUCUUGUUUGCAUGCACGUAGACGAAGUUUCAAAAACUAUAAAAUUUGACGAUUUAUUAAUAAAAUUUGGCAAUACGCUUUGCGAAAAAUAUAAAUUAGCGCAACACGAUGAAAUGAUACGCAAUAGACUUCGUCUUCUAGCUAGAUUAUUGGUAACGGUAAAAAAAGUUGAAAUGGCAAAAAUCAAAGAUCAAAAAGAGAAAAAACUUCGAGUUUCUAAACCUAGUAUCACAGAUAUGAUUUCUUUAUUUGAUCCAGAAAAGGUUCAAAUUUGUCUCAAAGCAGUCAACAUCAUCGCAGGAAUUGAUACUAAAACUUAUAAUGCAAGAGCUCCAUCUGUUGCUUCGUUAGUUGGAACUCUAUUAAAACAGCUAGGAGAUUUUUUGAUAGCUGAAAAUAUCAUGGAUAAGCAAAAAAAUAAAAAUGAUGACGUGAAAGACUUUUUACAUGUUAUAAACCGGAAAUGGGCAGAUGUUAUAAAUAAAAAUGUCGAAGAAGCACAAUCAAAACAAAAAAGAAAGAAGAAAGAAGAAUUACCGUCGACAGAUGACAUAAAUAAAUUAAUGGACCAUUUAGUUAAGUUACAAUCACAAGCUUAUGACGAAUUGGUAAAAAAAUUCUCUGCUGACAGCUACGAUCUCUUAGCUAAGACAACACUUAUACGAGUGCAAUUAUUUAAUAGGCGAAGACCGGGAGAAACGGAAAGGAUCUUACUGGAAGAUUUUGAAAUGUACGAUAGACUUAGCGAAGACACUCAUAAAGAUAUAAUGAAAACUUUGUCAGAUAAAGCUAGAGAAUUUUGCAAGAAAUAUGUAAGAUUUUCGAUCAGAGGCAAAAAAAAUCGGCAAGUUUCCGUUAUACUAGAUGAAGUGAUGUUUGAUUCAAUUAAUUUAUUGAUCAAGAAUCGUCUUAAUGCUGGUAUUCACCCACAAAAUCCUUUUGUUUUUGGACUACCAGGUUUUUCAUCAGAAAAACAUAAGUAUUUAAGAGCCUGCACAUUAAUGCGUAAAUUUUCUGAAGAUUGCAAAGCUGAGUUUCCCAAAAAAUUACGUGCAACUAAACUACGGAAGCAUAUUGCGACAUAUCUUGUCAAUCACAAUAUUAACAAUGUGGAGCGCUCAAAAAUUGCUAGUCAUCUUGGACAUAGUAUGGGAGUUCAUGAAAAUUAUUAUCAUUUGAUUAAUGUUGCCGAGGAAAUUUGCCAAUUGCCACAAGUACUGGAGGAUGCUUGUGGGCUAAAUAAUAAUAACAUGACUAAUGAUAAAAAUAGUGCUGAAUCCUCUGAUAAUGAUUUAGAUUCUGAUUCUGAUUCAGAUUCUGAUUUGAGUGACGCAGACCGUGAGAAAAAAAAUUGUUCACUGACAUUAGAGUCAGAAAAACUCGACACUAAUGAAGAGUCAAAUCUAGAAAUAAGUAUUCCAUGCCGAAGAAUGGUUUGGAGCAAUUUGGAAAUAACUGCGUUGAAGGAGCAUUUUGGGGACAAAAUUAAGAGCCGGACCUAUCCCAAUUCUAAGGAAAUGAAUGCUGUUCGGAUGACUGAUCCACGACUCAAGAAACGUGAAGUUCCAGCUAUUCGAUCAUGGUUCAGCAACUUUUAUAAAAAAUUGAAAAAAAAUAGUCAAUAGUUAUUAUUUUCUCAAUAAUUGUUGCUGGUUGACAUCCAUCGAUAAAAUAAUUUUCUAUUGCUUGUUGCUUAAAGUUCUAUUAAAUUUAAAUUUACUUUUUGUACUUUGGUCAGAGAUUUAAAAAAUUAAUCAUAAAUAGGGACAAGAUUUUUGCCUUAUUUUUUAAAUGAACAGUUAAAAUUUUUGAUAUUACGGAGAAAAUAUUGGACUUAGUAAGAAAAGUAUUAAACAAAAGUUGUAGGAAAUUUACUUUUAUUAAGAAAAUGACUUAUGAUUUUCAUAAACGAUUAAUAUUUUCACAGUAAUUCCAAAAUUAAGAUUCAUAAUAAAUGAUUCAAAAUUUUGUUAAUUAUGAAAAUCUUAAUUUUGAAAUAACGGUGAAAAUAUUGAUCGUACAAAAAAAUCAUAAGAGACAUUUUUUUAAUAAAAUUAAAUUUCCCACAACUUAUGUUCGAAAACUUUUUUCAUAAGACCAAUAUUUUUCCAGUAAUAUCAAAAAUUUUACACCACUAAUUGUUAAUUAUUUUUAAAUUAACGCAAAAACCCUGGCCCUAAUCAUAAAUUUUAAAGUUUGUGUACUCUUCACAAAAAUACUUUACUAUUGCAAUAAUUUAUGCCAAAAAGUAUUUGUGUUCAUUACUUUGUAUGAUCAUACGAGUGUUUCGUACUUUUUCAAAUAAUAAUCUUAAUUCUAAUACACUGUUUCUAUGUUUAUUUGAAAAUAUAUUUUACUUCUAUUUUACCAAAUCGUUUUACGUGAGUUAAUCGGUAUGAUGCAGGUGGAUAAUUUCAAGAUAAUUUAUUAACACCAUGAUUACUUUAUUUCUGUAAUCUAAGAUAUAAACAAGCUCAACAGAUGUUACUCGAUAAUAGUAAUUUCUCAAUUUAUUUCUGAUUUCUGAAAAUGACCUAGUAUUCAUAGUGUUAAAAAAAAUAAAUUUCAUUUUUUAUUCUAAAAGCUC